CAUAUGUGAACGCUGUGAACAUGCAUCAUGUAUUAUUACACCAUUAUCUGCGUACGCCAGCAUUUGAUACUGGCGGCGUGAAUCUGAGCUUCCGGCUGCUGGUUUGACUAUCGUGUCUUGAUUGUCUCGAUGGCUUCCGGCUCCAGACUGUUAUUUUAAAUCUGAUAUCAAUGUCAUCCGUUGAGAGAUUUGGUUUGCUGGCGUUCUCGGCUGGGGUUGCAGCUCUGGUCGUUGCCAUGGUCAUGCCAUACACGAAUCCAGAGUCAUUGGCGGCCAUAGCAAACCAUCCCAUUGGCGCCAAGGUUAUCAACCUCUCCACUGCCACCAUCCAUGGCCUGGCUCGCCUGCUGGAGGGGGUAUCAUCCUCCGAAACCGGCCCCCGCCUUCAUCAAUACUACCCCCUUACCAAAAACACGUCAGCAACCCACGCUAGUGUUGAACAGGAGCUUGACUGGUCGGACCCCCUGGUUUGGCAACUUCAGCAAGAACAGAUUGUAUCCCCAUUUUACACGGAAAGCGACUUGGCUCGGUUGCUGCAUUGGUGCAGUAACGACACCAGGAACAGAAACGGUAAUGGUCGUGAAAAUAGCAUCGGAACCGGCAGUGAAUAUGCACUUUCAUUUUCUGACGUCAGCAGUGGCAAUGCAGAGGGGGGGACCCCGGAGCCAUCUUCUGGCCCGAAGAGCAGGGAAAUGGCCGGGUUGAAGGCCCUCUUCGACUCGGUGGCGGCAUGGGUCACCGCCAGCGGGGGCGACGUGUCCAAAGUGCACUUGGAUUCCGACGAGAACGGCAUGAGGGGCCUGCACGCCUCACGGGCCCUAGCGGCCGGGGAGGUGGUGCUGUCUGUGCCCCUCUCCCUGGGUUUGUCGGCUGCCACCUUCCGGGCAGCCCGGAUGGUCGGGGGAGCCGUCGGCUCAUGGCGAGCCGUGGAGGAUGCGGACAUGUUCCUCGACGCGCUCGCCCUGUCGUACGAAGUUGCUGCACACGGCGAGCGCUCUCCCUGGGCAGACUACCUGUGCCUGCUGCCUAGGUCGUACGGCGGCCUGCCGGUCCACACCCGGCGUGUCAUGGCCACCGUUGCAACUGCCCUUGGUUUCAGUGACCCGGGGGUCGCUUCCCUACUGUCCGAGUUCCCCUCGCUCCGCCGCCUGGCCGCCAAGCGCCGUGCGCAGCUGUCCCUCUUCGCCGACCACCUGGCUCGAUACGUCCUGACGGCCCUCCCGGGUGGGAGGUCAGCUGCGGCGCGGCUCGGUGGCGGCGGCGGUGGCGGCGGAGGCGGAGGAGGCGACCUCUGGCUGCCGCUUUGGCAUUGGGCGUACGCUGUCGCCAAGACACGCAGUGUGACGGUGGGUGUGGAGGAAGUACGGCAGGGCAAAGGCGGCCUCGUCGCCAGUGGCGGUGCGGCUGUGGUCAUGCCAGAUUGGGUGCAGGAGCUUGGUGUGCUUGUUCCCAUCCUCGACCUUGCCAACCACGCAUUUGACGGACCUGAAGGCGCUAACGUGGCGUACCAGCUGCUGCCUGAUGCCUCCGGCUCCGGUCUGGCAGCUGCCCUGGUGGCGCUGCGGCCCAUCAGCCCGGGGCAGCCGCUGCUGUUCGACUACCUGGGGCCAGUGGAAGAGGACCAGGGAGGGGUACCCGCAUGCGUUGACAGGUGGCUGCUGGAGUACGGCUUCGUGCCGGAAACGCGCUCUGAUCCCGUACGUGACUGCGACACGUUCGACGUCACGGCGGCGGACGUCGCGAAGGCGGUCGUCAGAGCCGCGGGCAAAGAGACGACGGCGGCAGUGGCGGCGGCGCUGGGCACCCUAGAGGCCGAAAUCCGGGAACGGCUGACAGCUCGCGCCAAGGACGGGUUGCCUAGCCGACUUGAAGUACAUGUACGACAGCCGUACACAGGCUCCGACGGCGGAGAGCAGGACCACGUGGCUCAGCGUUGGACAGUGCUGCGAUGGCUGGAGGCAGCAAUCCCGCAGAAUGGGGAAUGGGGCCUAGGUACGGGAAAAGGGGCUGGGAAAAUGGUUCCUAUCGGCGACAAGUCCUCUGACGAGGAGGCCGUAAUGGAGGGGGUUUCGGCGCCAGUCUCUCCUAGUGCAGCCCAGGUGCUGCGCACGUUGCUGCAGGCACGCUGGGAGAAGCUGGGUCAGCUGCAGCAGCAGGCAGCGGGGGGAGAGGCACGGGAGAGCGGGGCGGGAGGAACGGGUGCGGCCGUGGACGCAGGCGAGGUUGUAGCUCGUUCAAGGGAGGAGGAGUCUGUACACUGCAUGGGCAGGUACACUAAACUGGACAUCGCUCUAAGACGUUACCAUGAAAGGUCCGGGAGCACGGCUAUGGUUAAGCAGCCCCUCGCAGAAAUGUGA